AUGGAGAAAAUGUGUCUGGCAAUGCUUGGGAGGUGGUUACUUCUACUGUCAGAAUUUGAUAUACAAUACAUACCCAAGAAGGUAAUUAAGGGGAGAGCUGUGGCUGACUUCCUAGCGCAAAAUCUAGUAGAUGAUAGUGAAGUAAUUGACUUUUCCUUCCGAGAUGAAGACAUUAGACUAAUAGAUAUUGGAAAGUGGAAAAUGUACUUCGAUGGUGCUGCAAAUAAAAGUGGAGCUGGUAUUGGCGUCAUUUUGGUUUCCCCAGAAGGUGAAUGGAUGCCAUUAUCCAAAAGGCUAUUUUGGGCCACCAACAACAUGUUUGAAUACGAAGCUUGUAUUUUUGGAUUGGAAUCAUUGAUAUCAAUUGGAAUCAAACAUGGAGAAAUUUUUGGAGAAUCCAGUCUAGUAAUAAAACAAGUGAGAAAGGAGUGGGAAAUAAAAGAAGAAAAAUUAAAACUCUAUCUCCAAUAUAUUGAAGUUCUCAAGACACAUUUUGAUGUAGCUGAAUUCAAAUAUAUCCCUAGGGAAGAAAACCAGAUAGCUGAUGCUUUAGCUUGA